AUGUGCAGCCGUUGGGUUGCAUUAGUGGUUUGCUGCUUGGGACAGCUGCGUGCAGAUCAAAGCCUGAAGCCUCAGAUUGCAGCCCCUCAGCUUGCUACAAACAAUCCCACUCUUACUACAGUCACUCUAGAAAAGCCUUUCUGUGUGUUUGACAGCUCAUUGAGUCCAAACAAAUCCUACGUCAUCUACUUGUAUGCAAUGAAGGAAUUGGCAAGCGCAAUAAGCUCCCGGGUGACUGACAACAACAGCAAACCACUUGACAGCACGUUCCAACAAACAAGUGGGGGACAGCUUGGACCUUACAAGGCUGCCUUGUUCAAUGUCCCCAACUGUGCAUCACCUCCAAAACUUGCUCAUGUGGGAGAUGUCAACAAAGUUUCUGAUGUCCUGAAACAAUACCUUUUCAGAGUUGGGGAUGAUGUGACUUGUUUGUAUGACCCAAACUUCCUAGCUGUCUGUAACCCACCUCUUGCACCAGACACAACGUACAGGUUUAAAUAUGUGUUGGUAGAUACCACUGAAGGUUUCAUGAAAGACCAAACUCUCUGGUCUGAUCCAAUUAAAACCAGAAGAGGGGAUCAGAAGAUUCCUCCGCAGAGAAAAGGAACAUGUCUCAGACUAUUCAACCAAGUGAACCAAGACCACAGUUAA